AUGGAUGCCAUCGGAACAGAAAAUACAAGUAAAAAUGUGGAUAGUACACACGAGGGAAACGAGAAUACAUCUGUUGAGAUCAAGGUUCUGUUCUUUGCUCGGGCGAGAGAUGUCACUGGCUUGACUGACAUGCCAUUGGUGGUUGCAUCUGGUAGCACUGCCGAGAAUUGCUUGUACGAGUUGAUGUCCAAGUUUCCAAGCUUGAAAGAGAUUAGUAACUGCAUGGUCCUGGCUCUAAAUGAGGAAUAUAUAUCCGAAUCAACAAUUGUAAAAAAUGGAGACGAAUUGGCAAUAAUACCUCCCAUAAGUGGAGGCUAA